UUUCUUUCAGGGGAGAAAUAUAAAUAGCAGGACACACUCUCCGCACACCGAAUUUCUCAUUCUGCCUUGGAAAAAAAGAGACUAAAAUAACGUUUGUGUGUGCGAAGACCUGUUGAAAAUAAAGCACACAAAAUAUAUGGGUCACUUCGCGCUUUAACUUUCAAAUCCUCGCCAGUCGCUCUUUUCGAUGAUCGGAGAUUUUUAUUUCUCUCGUAUAAAUGAGCCCCGCGCUAAUUAGCCAUUGGUCUGUGCUCGCUCCCUCGGAUUUAAGUAUUGAAUAAGUCAGCAGUUUGUACAAAAUGUUGCCUCGCCGACCCUCUUCCCCCACUCGCAUUCACCCUUCUCCCCAAACAAAAUGUUUGUGUGGAGCUAGCGUUCUUGACGAUACCCCACAGAGACUAUAAACUGUGACUAGAGAUUGGUAGGUAACAGAAGGACAAUUUGAAGCCCUUGUCUCGGACGCGCUGAAUUUUAAAUGAUCUUAUUGAUUUAUUUCGCAUCACAAUCUGUCGCUUCUGCACUUAAAGAGCAGCGAUUCUCUAUUUUGAAACAUAAUUUGUGGUCUCCGUUUCUAAAUUAAAACGGGGGAGGGGUAAAUAUAUUUCAUUUUAACUGCAAAUUGAAUUCUAUUUGAUUGUUUUGCAGUAGCUCCCAUUAUUCCGAAGGCAGUUUGGAAACAGCGACUUUUGAGUCUCAGCUGUACGUUGAGAAAUAAAUGAUAAGCAUGUGAAAAGAAGCUGACCUUCCUCCACACACACAGACACACACACACACGCGCGCACACACGCACACACACACACACACAAUGUUGCUCUCAAAAUACUCUUAAUAGCCGUAGAAACUUCCCUCAUGUUAUAUAUCAGUGUUAUACCCUCUCCCUGCCAAUCGCCCAACUUUUUUUUAAAACACAUACGAUAGUUUAAGGACCAUCUCAUUGUGUGUGCUCUAUAGGCUUUUAUAGGGUCCUAUAGAUAAUUACACGGACUCAAUUUUCGAACUAAAUUGGUACAUUUAAUUCUGUUGAUUUGACACUAUCUGAUUCCUAGCUUGUGUACAACAUCAACGCAUUUGGUCAUCGAUUUUACAUAGGGGUGUGUGUGUGUGUGUGUGUGUGUGUGUGUGUGUGUGUGUGUGUGUGUGUGUGUGUGUGUGUGUGUGUGUGUCUGUCUGUAAUUGUUACUGAAUCCCUUGGCUAAGAGCAACGUUCAGCCGACGACCGCUGAAAAGGCUGACCUGUUCGUUCUGUCCUGCUGUGUUUUAAUAACUUUGGUAUUUCUUCAUGUUUUCAUAUGAAAUUAUAGGCUUCGCUGGGAGGGGGGGGGGUAGAAGGAGCGCUGGUUGUGCAGGUACUUGACUCCUGGGUGUGAACGCGGGUUCUUCAAAUGUGCGACUCAUUUGAGUAACUGCUGCUCUGUUUUCUCUUUUAUCCUUUACUCCGACAUUAUAAAUAGCGGAACUGAUAGACCGAGUCCAGCCGGCUGUUGCACCCCUGGUUUAGAAGUGAUUGUGGUUUGGAUCACUCGUAUCCAUAAGUAAACUGAUACUCCUGCGCGCACACGUACAUACAAACCCCACUCAUGGACCAGGUAGUGCGGGGUGUAAACGACCUAUCGUAAGCGCAAAGUUGGUCCAAUGAUUCCUUCAGACUUUCGGCGUUGAGAUUGGGAACACAUUGUGCUUAGUGCAAUGAUCCGGCUUGAUUUAUUCGGGAGUAGGUGGGUGCAAUGGGCGUGAGGGGAGGGUGUCUAUUUGUUUAUCGGAGAGGUGUGUUGGAGAGACUCGGGGCAAUUAUCUGGGAUUAGUUGCCCCGAUUAGAAAUAGGUUGGCAUAAUGUUUGCAAAUGGUUAGGGUUGCCACCUCCAUAUAUACUUCUAUCUGAUUGCAACUAUUACAUUAGAGAAGCGAUUUGUUGUAAACUAGUCCCGUUCCUCUUGAAGCGCUCUAUCCUAACCAUUCUGUACGAAUCAGCGUCUCUCUCUCUCUCUCUGUGAUGUGAGUGUAAAGGGUGCCAUUUGAUUUAUUCCUAGCUGGAAACUUAAUUGCUCCGCCCCCGGGAUACCGUGUGACAAGUCGUUUCUCCUUUUGAUGUGUAUGUGUGUGUGUGUGUGUAUGUGUGUGUGUAUGUGUGUGUGUGUGUGUGUUAUGUGUGUAUGUGUGUGUUUGUCCAGCGGACCUGCUCUACACGAAUCUUAAACAUAACAACUUCAACAAAGCCAGUGCUCGACUCCAGAGUAGAGAGGCAACUUUGAUCAGAUACAGCGCCAACCCUGAACAUUUUUGUUCAAUGAUUCUUCGUUCUUAUAACAAGGAGAAUUGAGCCGGUUGGGUGUUUUACCAAAUUCUAUAUGUACCAGCGACCAUGGCCGCGCCGAUGGCUCUGAUCCCGCCUGCACCGGUGAAUCAGACUCUGAUCGCGACCCCUUCGUCCUCUUCCUCCUCAUCAUCUUCUUCCUCCUCUUCCUCACCGGCCAUCUCGUCCAUUCCAGCGUCCUCGGCGGCUGGCAGUGGAGGGAGUAGCGGGGGAGCGCAGACUCUCUACCGAACGGACGGGAGCUCCAAGCCGGUUUACUCCACGCCGUCUCCGGUGGAGAACACGCCGCAGAACAACGAGUGUAAAAUGGUCGAAUUACGGGGGGCCAAAGUGGCCUCUUUCACCGUAAACGGACACGAGCUCAUCUGCUUGCCUCAGGCUUUCGACCUGUUUCUCAAACACCUGGUCGGGGGGCUUCACACUGUCUAUACCAAAUUAAAGAGGCUGGAUAUAACUCCGGUGGUCUGCAACGUGGAACAAGUGCGCAUUCUCCGAGGGCUGGGAGCCAUUCAACCCGGGGUGAACCGCUGCAAACUGAUCUCCAGGAAAGACUUCGAGAUCCUCUACAACGACUGUACCAAUGCCAGUUCCAGACCAGGAAGACCUCCAAAAAGGUCCCAGAGUGUUACAUCCCCCGAGAAUUCUCACAUCAUGCCGCACACUGUCCCUGGCCUCAUGUCUCCAGGAAUGAUUCCACCGACAGGUCUUACAGCAGCAGCUGCAGCUGCAGCGGCAGCAGCAACCAAUGCAGCCAUCGCGGAGGCCAUGAAGGCAAAGAAGAUCAAACUCGAAGCCAUGAACAGUUUCCACGGUAGCAAUAACCAGCCCGGGACUGAGUCGGAAAAUGGUGACAUGAACUCCAGUAUUGGUAGCAUCGAUGGCUCCUGGGAUAAAGAGAAACUGCAGUCUCCCACUGCCCCAUCGGCGCAGGUUUCUGUCAGCCAUGCUGCCCUCUCCAGCCAGCAAAACCUCGCUGUAAAUCAUUCCCUCAAAUCCCUUCAGCAGAACCACUUAUUACCCAAUGGUCUGGAGCUCCCAUUUAUGAUGAUGCCCCAUCCACUUAUUCCUGUUAGUCUACCUCCGGCUUCAGUUACCAUGGCAAUGACCCAAAUGAACCACCUUACCACUAUCGCUAACAUGGCAGCUGCAGCACAAGUACAAAGUCCCCCUUCCAGAAUGGAAACUUCAGUUAUUAAGGAACGUGUCCCUGACAGUCCUUCACCUGCCCCAUCUUUGGAAGAUGGUCGCCAUCCAGGAAGUCAUCCUUCCUCCCACCGGAGCAGCAGCGUAUCGAGUUCACCAGCUCGGACAGAGAGCUCAUCCGACAGAGUCCCUGUCCAUCAGAAUGGACUGUCGAUUAACCAGACCCUGCUGGGCUUGUCUCCCACUAUCCCACCUGGUUCCAAGGAAGGUGAUCUUGCCUGUCAGGAAGGAGGACAUGAAGCAAAAAGAAUACACAGUGAAAAAGAUGAAGUCCUGAUCACAAAUCCUACUGCAAGAGACUGUUUUGAGAAGCUUUCCCUGGCUGGCCAACAUCUACCACCAGGCUUCCCAGCUCCAUUCCUCUUCCCAGAUGGACUUUCUUCAAUUGAAACACUGCUGACAAAUAUCCAGGGUCUACUGAAGGUUGCCAUCGACAAUGCCAGGGCCCAGGAAAAGCAAGUGCAACUUGAAAAGACAGAGUUAAAGAUGGAACUGUUCAGGGAGCGGGAGAUGAGGGAAAGCUUGGAGAAGCAGUUAGCCCUUGAGCAGAAAAACAGAGCAAUAAUCCAGAAGCGGUUAAAGAAAGAGAAGAAGGCAAAGAGGAAAUUGCAGGAAGCUCUUGAAUUUGAGACCAAGCGGCGAGAACAAGCUGAGCAGACAUUAAAACAAGCUGCCUCUGCGGACAACCUCAGAGGCAUGAACGAUUCAGUGACCCAGGAGCUGGAGGCUGAUCGCAGCACUGGACGAACAGAUGCUGAAAGGACAAUACAAGAUGGAAGGAUGUAUCUGAAGUCAUCCGUAAUGUAUUAAAACAACUGCACCAUGUGACUCAAAAAUUCAACCAGGAACAUGAGAAAAAUUGUAUAAAAAUGAUGAAUUCCUCUACUAACAUGUGGGUUAACAGCGCUUUUGAGACAGCUUUUACCCAGUUUGCAUAACUGUGUUAAUUUGCCAUCCAUGAAAUGUUUAAUGUAUUACGAUAAUAGUCCUCUCCAACAACUGACUUCAACAUCAGCGCUCUCUGAAGUAGACAAUUCUGAUGAGUAUAAAGCACCAAGACUCAAAUGGUGGCUGUCAUCAGGGGGUCACUGCUGGGACUAUACGUGUCCUUUUUGUGGACUAAACUCUGACCAGUGCUGACAAUUGUAAUGUUAAGCACAUCACGCAAAAAAAAAAUCACCAGUAGUGAAAAAGAAGCGAACAAACUCUUUUUAAAAAAAUGUUAUUCCUCUCCACUUCUCUUUGUUAGAGUUGAUGUAUUCAAACCAGCAAGAAAGCUUCUGAAACUCCUCUUUCCUGGAUGCAAAUGAUCUAUACUUAUAGGGCUGCCAGGUUAGUACAAGUAACAUGAUGUUGCAAGGGACAAUAAUUCUUUAACUGGGAGAUUAAAAGAGUGGGAUGAAGAGAGGAAAGGUUGGGUUGAGUAUUUAGAAAAAAUGUAACCCAUGGGAAAUAAACCUGGCAUUGACUUUCCUCUGCUAAAUUUCAAAAUAAACACACAAAAAUUAAAAGUGAAUGUAAGUUUUAAAAGUCACAAAAGAUAUAUAUUUGUGCGUUCCACACACAAACACAUAUUGUGAAUACUGUUUGCUUCUUGCCAAGCUUCUGGUCGUGUGUAUAUAAUAUGACACAGGGAGGUAAUGUGUAUGCAGUAGAUUACUAGACAAAAAAAAACACAGUACUUUUGAGAUUUAAAUGCUGAUAUGUUUUGUCACAUUGUUUGUUCCAGACACUGCAAUUUUUGGUUAUAUAGCUCAUUAACAAAGCAUGCAGGCAUGUAAAUAUUUGUCCUCAAGUCACAGUAUUACUGAACGAGAUCCUUGGCGUCUGUUUUGCGCCUUUUCAAGGUCAGUACGGCAGGUGGGAAACCCUGCCUGUCUGGCAUUCAAUGAGGGAGCUUCUUGUCUCUGCUCUCUGACAUAGGACUGAUGAAAUUAAUUAAGAUUUGUGGCGUUGCAGCGUGAUGGAUUAAAAAAAAGCAACAGAAAUGUUCCUCUCUUUGUUUCGUUCUAUAAUUAUUAUUUUCGUGUCACCUUGAGGCGUUGCUCUUCAAAAAAAAUAGGAACUUUGCAACACUUGAUGUAAUGGUUGAAACAAAAAAACCUAGAUGAGUGGUGAGUUAAAGUCUGUAUUCUCCCUGUGUAAUAGGGAAGGAUGGUUUUGUGUAAUUAUCAAUGUCUUUGAUAAACUGUGUGAUCACAUUUGUGCAAAUAAUUGAAAGUAAACUCCAACACAGUACUAAUUUGCUAGCCUAGCCUUUUCUCUUCAUUUUGCCAUUGUUUUACUGCUAUGUUAACCAUUAAAAGACCAUCCUUGCAGAGAAAACAAUAAUCCACAUUGGCAUUGUUGACUAUUGUAGACAGAGUAUGUCAACAAUAGAAAGUAAGAAGCUAAGAAAUAGAAGCAGGAGUAGUCAUUUGGUCCCUUGUGCUUGCUCUAUCUUUACCUCCACCCAACUUCCUUGCAAUAAACACAUAUCCCUUAUUCCCUUCAUAAAAAUCUAUUGUUUGAAUAUAUUAAGCCUUCCUAUUCCUCUAAGGUAGAGAAUUUUAAGAUUCACUCUCUUGGAUAAAAAGACUCUUUCACAUCUCAUUCCAAAAUGGCUGAUCCCAAAUUCCGUGAUUGUAAUCAUUGGUUCUGGAGAAUCCAAACAUGGGAAGAAUCCUUAUUGCAUCAGCCAUCUUAAACUCUAAAUGAUUUUUAUGCUUCAGUUACAUCACCACAUAUUCUUCCAGGCUCAACUGUAUAUAGUCCAAGACAUUUUAAUCUGACCUCAUAAGACAACUCCCCCAUCAGCAUACUCCACCCUGGGAAUCAAUCAAUCAAUCAGUCAGGUGAACCUUCAUUACACAUUGUUCUAUGCUAGCAUAUCCUUCCUGAGACCAGAACUCUACCCAAUAUUCCCAAUACAUUCUCACCAGGGUCAGAAAUACUUACAGUAACGUAUCUUUUUAUCGUCAGGCCCUCUCACUGUAAAGAUUGUCAGAUUGUUACCUUCCUUAUUGCUUACUUUACCUGAAUGUUAACCUUCAGUGACUUGUGUAUUAAGAUAUAGGGGUUCUACUGAACACCAACCUUUCAGCUUCUCACCUUCUACAAAAUCCUCUGCCUUUAUUUAUAUAUAAGCAAUAUUUCUGCUACAAUUUGACAUGUUUCUUAUUUAGUUCCCAUCUGCCAAGCCUUCACCUAUUUGCAUAACCUAUCUAUUUCCCCCUGAGGCAUCUUUCUAUCCUCUUCAAAACCUGCCAGUGCCACCCCAUAUAUUUUGUCAUGGCUAAUAACUUCUCAUGGUUUUUUUGGCAAACCUUGACCCACCAGAUUGGAUAUGAUUCUCUUGAUGCUUUCUGUGACACAACAGAACAAACAUUUUAUUUCUCAAUGCAUUCAGCUUAUGAAAUCAGGUCGUAUUCUUUUUGUUUUAUCAAAAAUUACAAAAGAGAAAUUCACCAAAAGGUUGGUGAAUUCGCCAUUAAGCACCAGAGUAGAAAAUAAAAUGAUCAAUGCUGUUUUAAGUCUGACUGAAUCUUCCAGCUUGUUUGUCAUGUACCAAAAUGAUUUUCAGUUUUAUAAAUUGAUUAAGGAGCAGUUUUGUGUUAGCCUAACCCAGGAAUCUAGAAACAAGAUGUCUUUCUAGCACACCUUAAGAACAGGAAAUUUAGUAGUUUAAGAUUAAUGUAUUAUGACAAACAUCUUAAGGAAUGUUAACUUAGAAAUAUCACAAAGCAAGGCCCUAAGCUUGUGACAUCUUUGAAGAUUUUGCUUGGUCAGUAAAGGAAUAUCAUCUUUUCCAUUGCUGCAUGCUCUCCCACUCUACUACUUCCAAGCAUCGUAUAGCAAAACUAGUAAAGCGGGAAGAAAAAAGGGAGCUGCUUGUUUCUCUGGCCAUGAUGGUCUUGAAAAGGUUAACAGCUGAGAUGAUGCACGUUCUGGCGAAGAAAGCAUCUUAAUUGUCCAUUCUUUAAGGACAAAUAUCAUCUUUAAAAAAUAUUUAUCUAGUAUUUGUUGUUCCUCUGCACCUUGCAUAGAGUCUUUAAUUUAAUAUAGAUCACCCUGGGAUGAUUGGAAGACAGGAAGUUUCCCUGUCCCAUCUAAAGGUAGUUCAAGAGCGAUGAAUUGUGUCUCUGCAAGUUAUUAGUUACUGUCAAGACGAUAAAAUAAACUGCAUUCUGCCAAUAUAAAUAUGGCAAUCUCUUCAUCCAGUGAUAUGAGCAGCUGAUAGCUUGGUGGUCAAUAUCCUUGUGUCUUUUGAUGACUUGUUUGAGAUACCAAAUUUAUUGAAAGUAGAAGCAUAAAGGGUACAAGGAAGCUUACAGAAACCCAAUACGAGAGUGGAUUUCAAAAGAGAAACACUCUAGAAUAGAAAUGCCGGUUCUCUUUUUUAAAGUCAUAGAAAGGAUGUGUUGUAGGUUUUUUUUAAACCAAAAUCAAAUUACCCUAGUUCUGUUGUUCAUUAAACUCUGUCCAUUGCCUCUCAGUACAAUACAUUUUCACUUUUUUGUUUAUAUACUUUUUACCUUGAACACGUACGUUUCAGUAUCCUGUAUUAUAACCACAUUUGCGCUCUAUGCAAGCCCUUGGAACAGAACACACUCAUCUUCAACUAGGACAUACAAAAAUUGUCUAUUUUUAUCUAUAUAUUUAAAGUUUUCUAAAAAAAAAUGGUUAUUACGAAUUUUGUUGUACAAAAUCUGUACAAAAAGAUCUGUUUUUACAUCAUAAUGCAAGAAAUCGAGAUUUUUCUAUGGUAGCUUAGUUAUUUGAGCUUGGUUUAAAUGUGAGAACCACGUUUACUGUAUUGUAUUUAAUUUUCUUUCUUUUCAACAAUCUGCUAAUAAAAAAAUGUCUGAAUUCUCCA